GAUAUGUGGCUGCCGGCGGCAUUGUUCCAGGCAUAAAAUCUGCAUUGGAAAUAGAGGGCAUUUCGGUGAAUGCACUCAAAAUUCGGAAAUGAAAAAAAGGCGGCAACUUUGGUACCUCUGCCCAUGAAAACAGGGAGGGUCCCAAAAAGAAGUCCUCUCUUGAUUUUUCCUUUUGGAGUCCCAUUUUAGUCCUUCCUUCUGUGAUCUUCCUCCGCUUUUUCAGUGUUCAAAGGACAAUGAAUUGGUUGAUGACAGGGAUGGACCAGGGUGUCAACCUAGUGCUGAAAAUGAUUGAACAGGAUAGUGCAUCUCUAGCAAAGAAAGCUGAAAUUUGCAAACGGAUUAGACCAGAUUUGGUUGAUGAAAUUGAGGAAUUCUAUUGUUUGUAUCGAUCAUUAGCCGAGCGCUAUGACCGUUUGAAUGUGGAGUUAUACAAGAGUACACAAACAGAGUUCCAAUUGCAGGGUGCUGGCAAUGCCCCUGUCACAUCAAUGCUGACUCCUGAACAAAAGCUAGGUUCAUUCAAGACUGGCCGAGUCAAGUCUGUGAGCUCUGGUGGUGCCAGUUCUGAUAUUUCAUCGAAGGGUGGCUCUGACUUGUCAUCAUUAUCGUCAUCAGACUCUGAAUCAGAAUCUUUCAACUCCUAUGGCAAUGCCUACUAUAGCCUCCCCAUGAACACUGAUGAUAACGACCCGCACCACAAGAUUGUUAAGUUGGGGACUGCUCUUCCAAGCAUGGAAGAGAAACUUAAGAUGGAUGUGGAAGAAAAUGGAGAUGGUAUGCUGAAUUCGGAAGAAAAUGAAAGUUAUGAAGAAGUGCGCAGUCAGAUCAUCAGGUACGAGGAAGAGUUGAGAGUUCUGAAGCUAAAAUUGCAGAUCUCAGAAGAGGAAGUUACUGAGUUCAAAAACGAGCUUGCUAAGAGUGAACAUUUUAUGAUACUAACAGAAGCUUUGCAAGCUCAGCUUGAAUCAGCAAAUAGAGAUGCCAAAAUGAGAGAGACUGAUCUUGAAGAAGAGAGAGCAAGAGUGACGACGCUGCAAAAACAAACAGCUGAUGUUAUUCAUGAAUUGAAAGGUCAGCUUAAAUUGUCUCAAGAAGAAAAAAUUAUGUUGAAGGCCAAGCUUGAUUCAGAGAAUAAUCAAGUUUUAAAAUUGCAGGAGAGGUUUUUCCAGUGCAAAAAUGAGUUGUCUGAUCGCGAUGAUAAGGUCAAAGCAUUAAAACUUGCAAUGCUUAAUGCUGAGGAGAAUUUCUUAAUUGAGAAAUCAAAUCUGCAUUCAAAUAUAUCUAGUUUGUCAGAGAGAGAGAACAUGUUGGAGGUAAGGCUCAGGGAACUGGAGUUACAAGGCAAAUCCAUGGAGGAUAAAUUGAGGCAAUGCGAAACUGAGAAAAUGGAAUUGCAACUUUUACAUGACACCCACAGGAUGGGGUUGGAAGCAGAGAGCAGGCAGUUGAAGGUAGAACUUGAUGACAGAAAUGGACGUAUAGAAGCUUUGAAUAAAAACCUUGACAAUCUUAAAUUCAAGUAUGAUAUGCUCGUGGCAGAGAAAGGUGGGCUGAAUGCUAAGGUAAACAAACUUACUGCAGAUGUGAGUUCACAAGACAAACAAAUCGGCCAAAUGAAAGAGCACCUCAGGCGCAUGCAUAUGGAAAAUUUGGAACGCAUUGCUGGUUCUGAAGAGCUGCAAAAGCUAGUAGAUGAGCUAAGAUUGAGAGCAGUGGAGUUAGAGAAGAAGGUGGACAAGCAGAGGGAUGAGCUUUGUGCUGGUGCCGAGGAGAAAAGAGAGGCAAUAAGGCAGCUUUGUUUCUCCUUGGAUCACUAUAGGAGUGGGUAUAAAGAGCUCUGUGAAGCAUUUCUUCAGCAGAAGCGACAUGCAGUCAUGGCUUCCUAAGGUCUCCUUGAUUCUACCGCUGGACUAGUAAGGUUUCUAUAGCUCUUUCAUAUGUUUUAUUUGUGUAUGAAAACAAUUGCUGUGGUGGAAAUUUUUUUCUUGCUGGCAAGUUUUGGACCUCAAAGGACGGUUUUCUUUGGCUGUUUAUCAAUUUAGACAUUUGAUGAUAAUCUUGAAAAAUCCUAUUAUAUUUGCACU